GCCCGCCGACGGGUCCCUCCGUGCCCCGGCCCCCAGCCGGCCUUGGUGGCGGCUCUGGCGCCGGUGCCGCCGUCAUCCCCACCCGCUCAGUGGUCCCCGCGCCCUUCCUGCCGCGGGGGUCGCAGUCCCGAUCUCCGGCGCUAGGGGGCUGGAAAGGGGGGAACGCAUAACGUGCAGGGCCGUUCGGGAGGCGGCGGGGCGGGCCCUCCGGGGGCGGGCACAGCCGGCGCGACACUCCCCGGCAGCGGGGCCCCGUCGCUGCCGCACUCACCUCCCGCGAUCCGCGCCGGCCCGGCCCCCCGCGCAGCCGCAGGGCGGAGCGCCCGCCGCCGCGCUUCCCCGCCGCCGCCAUGGGCGUGCUGCCGGUGCCGGCGGAGGUGCGCGCCAUCCUGCUGGACAUCGAGGGCACCACCACUCCCAUCGCCUUCGUCCAGGAGACCUUGUUCCCUUACAUCAAAGACAACGUGAAGGAGUACCUGCGUGCUCACUGGGAGGAGGAGGAGUGCCAGCGGGACGUCGGGCUGCUGAGGAAACAGGCUCAGGAGGACUCCAGCCUGGAUGGGGCCGUGCUGAUCCCUUUGGAGAGUGGGAGUGGGGAAGAGGAGCUGGAGCGGGUCAUCCAGGCGGUCGUAGACAACGUGCACUGGCAGAUGUCUCUGGACAGGAAGACCACAGCACUGAAGCAACUGCAGGGUCACAUGUGGAGGGCAGCCUAUGCAACCGGACAUGUCAAAGGAGAAGUCUUCGAGGACGUGGUUCCAGCCAUCCGCAAGUGGCGGGAAGCAGGGAUGAAGGUCUAUAUCUACUCCUCGGGGAGCGUCGAAGCCCAGAAGCUUUUGUUCGGAUACUCUACAGAAGGUGAUAUUCUAGAGCUCUUUGACGGCCACUUUGACACCAAAAUAGGCCCCAAGGUUGACAGCGAGAGCUACAGGAGGAUUGCUGCCAGUAUUGGCUGUGCCACCAACAACAUCCUCUUCCUGACGGAUGUCCCUCGAGAAGCCAACGCGGCUGAGGAAGCGGAUACUCACGUGGCUGUGGUGAUCAGACCCGGCAACGCAGGACUGACGGAUGAUGAGAAAUCGUAUUACAGCCUCAUCUCAUCUUUCACCGAACUUUUCCUGCCUUCGUCCACUUAGGGAAAGUGGCGCACACAUAAAAGACUGUGCUUUCACCUGAAUCGUCCUUGUGUAAUGUUAGAUUAUUUUGUCCAUAAUCAGAAUUCAAAAUCAAACUCACGUCAUGUCUUGGACCCGUGACUCGUGCAGGUAUGGAUGGAGAGUAUGGUGUGGGGUCCCUUGUGCAGUAGGAUGGAGGUCUGCAGCAGCCAGCUGGACCCAGGAGCAGUGUGAGGAGCAGCACCCAUGAGCCCUGCUGUUCCACCCCUGUCCCAGCUGGGAGUUAGUCCAGGGGAUGCUUUGAAAUCUGGUGCUAAGACACCCCACCACAAACUCCACCAUUCCUAGAAACAGAUGUCAAACGAGGUGUAUGUUCCCCUCUCCCAGAGGGACUUCUGGGGACCAUGAGGGAAUAUGAGUUUCUCCCAGCAGACAGGGUUGCUGGCUAAGUCACAACUUUCAAAGUUUAGGGGGGGCUCGCAUACCCAAAGGAAAAUGCCAAAUGUGGGCAAUAAUACAGGAGCUUUGGGCUGCCACAGGAAAAGCCAACCCUUGCUGCAGGCAAGCUCUUUAGACCAGGAACAACAAAUCUUGGCUGUAUCCACAGCAGGUCCAGGUGCAAACCAGUACAACUUGCAUAUGGAAGCUGCUUAGAGCUACACAGCCAGCCUACCAGAAUGAAGUAGAGUAUAUAUAAAUACAUCUUUAAAAAUUAAAUUCUAGACCCACCUCAGCGCUGCAGCACAGUGCUGGGAUCCAACUGGCUGAACACCAAAGUCCACUUGACCAUAUUUCUGAAGGAUCUCUCUUAGCACCAGCCUGCGGAGCUCCUCAGUAACCAGCAUCACCCUGUCCCUGUCACACAUUCAUAGCACUGGUCAGCUGUGAGCAAACCUUGGCAAACAACUGUUCUUGAGAGACACAUCCUGCUGCAUUUAAUGUGAAUUAAGCCCCCAACCUUUUAAUCCACUUUUACCGUAAUUGUGCCAGUUUAUAUCCGAUGGUCAUGGAGCUUUUCCUAAUGUAGUAAAUAAAAACACAACUUUACUUGCGUUGUGUUCACUCCAUCCCAGCAUUUAGCCCUCCUGUCUUGUCACCCGUGAUCCCAGCACCUAAAGGCAAAUCUCUCUUUUUUCUAAAUCUGUCGACACCUUCUCCUUUGACCCUCCCUGGCCCAUUCUUUAAGGCAGACCAGCCUGUCCUACCGAGGAAGCUGCAUUACCUCCCUGACCAUGUGACAAUUUCAGCAGGGGCUCGCUGGGGCUGUAGGAGCGAGAGCCACAGCCAGGUUAUACCUAGUCAUAGCAGCCCAAAACUCCAGCUCCCUGGUGCUGGCGCUUGGUGCAUGGCUGUCACUUGCUACUUACUCAUUUCUGAGCGGCUGUGCUGGAGCUUGUCCUCACAGAUGGCCGAAAUGCAGCAUCAAAGUACAUGUUGCCUUCCUAAGCACCGAUGUACGCCCACAGCUGUCCCUGUAGAGGGAGACUGCUGUGCAGAGGCAUUUGAGGAGGAGACUACAUCACGUCCUUCUCAAACUUUGAUGGUAGCAGGUAAGGCUGUGAGGCAGCUAGUCUGUGCAACAAGUGCGAUCUUCCUCCUAAAAAGAGCCUGCUAAUUAGCACUGUUACAGUAAGUGUAUCUGCAUGGCUGAAUAGUCCCUGGCUUCCUAAAUGUUAAUUUUUGUCACAACACUGUAAAUACUCACCCUUUGUUUUUGUCUUUGCCAUCAGAAAGCUAUGCAUGGGGUAGGGGACAAAAAUAAAACACGCUUUCUCCAUAAAA